UUUCUGGUCUCCUUCCUCGUUGACGCCCGUGGCGGUUCAAUGCGGGCAAGUCGGCAUCCCGGCCUGCGAAUCAUGGUGCCUCCUAGUGCUGCAAGUGCUCCUACCCGUGUCACUUGUCGAAUGCUGCGUCCAGAGCGUACUACUGCUCCGCCUCAACUCAAUGAUGGAGAGGGGCUUGCUUGUCGUCGACAACGUGAAAUCGUAGUACUUCGCAGUGAUGACGCCGAAACCUGGAAAGAGCAUUCCCUCGAGGCCACCGAUCAGGCUGUUCGAAGUGCUCUUGGAUCCGUCUUCGGUGAGUUAUUUUAA